UCUAUUCUUUCCACUUCGCUUCAUCACUCUCACUCUAGAGUUGGUCUUCCACUAUCCCAUUAUCUCCAAACAAUCACUAAUCGUAAUAAUUAGCAACCCUUUCUUCAAUAAAAGCUCUUAAUCAUUGUAGGCGAAGAUUUGAUGAAGUUGGGCUCCAUUGCUUUCAAGUUAAGACAGCUAUGUAAGAAAAAUAUCUCCGUUCAAAAAUUUCCUUAAAUAGCUCUCAUUUUCUACCCCCCAAAUCGCAAUGCCAUUGGAUUUUGCUGCCUUGUUGUCGGCACUGUUACUAGUGUUUAAAAAAGUUCUCCUUCAAAAAUCUUGAAUUUUCGAGGUUUGAUUUCGUGGGUUUGCUCCAGUAUUAUUGUGCGAAAAUGGGUUGGAAGAUUUCUUUUUGUCCCAACACGAAUUUCCGGACAAUGUUUCAGGUUAGGCCGAGUCAGUUUGAGCUAGAAUGUCGACACACAAUUAGGUCUCACGGACGGCAGCUUGCUCGAGACCACAGGCAGGACUGGCUGAUUUUGUUGCUACUCGUGGUCAUAGAAAUCGCUCUGAAUGUCAUCAACCCUUUCUAUAGGUUCGUUGGGGAAGGCAUGAUGGAAGAUCUCAUGUAUCCGAUGAAGGAAAACACCGUCCCCCUUUGGGCAGUUCCUCUGUAUGCGGUUUUCCUGCCUAUGAUUGUGUUUUUCCUCUACUACCUUCGGAGGAACGAUGUGUAUGAUCUGCACCAUAGCGUGCUAGGGCUGCUUUUUUCUGUGUUGAUAACGGGAGUUCUCACGGAUGCUAUAAAAGACGCAGUUGGCCGCCCCCGGCCCGACUUUUUCUAUCGUUGCUUUCCUAACGGGCGUGAUGAGUAUGAUCGUUGGGGCAACGUCGUGUGCCAUGGAGAUCCGGCUGACAUAAAAGAAGGGCACAAGAGUUUCCCGAGCGGUCAUACUUCAUGGUCGUUCGCAGGUCUAGGCUUUCUGGCCUUGUACUUGUCAGCGAAGAUCAAAUGCUUUGAUCGCAGCGGGCACGUUGCAAAGCUGUGCAUCGUCUUCCUCCCUAUCCUCGUUGCAUGCCUCGUUGCUGUUUCUCGUGUGGACGACUACUGGCACCACUGGCAAGACGUGUUUGCCGGAGGCAUCCUAGGUCUUGUAGUUGCUACCUUUUGCUACCUGCAGUUUUUCCCACCUCCAUACCAAAACGAAGGAUGGGGUCCUUAUGCAUACUUCCGCGCUGUGGAGGACCUUCGUUCCAAUCCUCUACCCCAAGACACGACGAACAUGCUAGGGACGAACCAAGAACGGGCAUCAACAAGUGUCGUAGGUUCGAAUCUUGAUUCAGCCUUUGAUGCCAUGGAGUCAGGAAGAAAGUAGAACUACUUGAUCAACUCUUGUGGCUAGGGCUUCAAACGCGCUCGAGCUCGACUCGAACCAAAAUAUCAAGCUUGUGCUCGGUUCGUGGAUGACUCGUUCUGACUUAUAUUAACCCAGUUCAUGGCUCGACUGAGCUGCGAAUGACUCGUUUAGCAACUUAAACUAGUUCUAAAAUGAAAAAUAUUUUUUACAAUUCAAGAUUUUACGAAAGAAUGAUCAAA